AUGAGUGUCCGUCUAACUGCCCCUAAGUUUAAUGUCCCGACUGUCGAGGCAGACAAUGAGAAUGCGGCCACUGAGAAGCACGACGACAUCGCUACUCUUAGUGUCAUUCAUGGCUUAGCGAUACCCGCCAGCGAGGAGCGGCGCAAACGUUUCUGGUGGAAGCGGGACCCAAAACACGACCCCAACGCGAUUGCGACGCAGAUCAGCGUCUUUGAUGACCCGGCCAGCGCUGCGCAAUAUCAGCCACGCGAUGACUGGGAAAACAUCCACCGCUUUGAUCCCGAGGCCCGAUGGACAUGGGGCGAGGAGAGCAGGGUUGUGCGCAAGUUGGACCUGUACAUCAUGGUGUUUGCGUACUUCAAUCUCGGAAAUACCGUGAAUAAGGUCUGCUUCCUGCUAGCCGAGAUUCCCUCGCAGCUGAUAGGCAAGAGACUCGGCCCCGACCGUUGGAUACCCAUCCAGCUUCUCUUGUGGUCCGUGGUGUCCGCCUGUCAGUUCUGGCUCAAAGACCGAGCGACCUUCCUCGCUUGUCGCGCGCUGCUGGGCAUACUACAGAGUGGCUUCAUUUCCGAGACCGUCCUGUUCCUUUCGUACUUCUAUACUCAUAGCGAGCUGUCACUACGGUUGAGCUUCUUCUACGACGCGAUCAGUCUGGCCGAGAUCAUCGCAUCAUUCCUCGCCGUCGGCCUGCUAUCCGUGCAGGGAGUAGCCGGAGUGGAGGGUUGGCGGUGGCUGUUUUUGAUCGAGGGCUUGAUCACCCUUGUCGUCGGCCUGUUGGCUGUCGGCCUCUUACCCCCGGGCCCAACGCAGACCCGCGGCAGACUACGAGGAAGGAACGGGUGGUUCUCGGAACGAGAGGAGACUAUCAUUGUUAACCGUCUCAUUCGCGAGGACCCGGGGAAAGGAACGAUGCACAACCGACAGCCCAUCACGCAAAAGCUACUGUGGCAGAGUCUCAGAGACUAUGAUCUGUGGCCGCUUUUCCUUCUCUCGCUCGUCUUCCAGACCCCGGCCAGCCCACCAGGGACGUAUUUAACGCUUUCGUUGACUGGUAUCGGCUUCAACACCAUCCAAACCAAUCUGCUGACCGUCCCAUACGUCGCGGGAACCAUGAUUACCAUGUGGUCCUUGACCUACUUCUCCGAGGUAUCCGGCGAGCUUUGCUUGACCGCGCUUUUCGGUCAGGUAUGGGUGUUUCCUUUCCUCGUGUAUAUGAACGUCGUGGAUAUGACUACCAUUCACAAGUGGAAAGCGUGGGCAAUAACCUCGCUAUUUCUAUGUUAUCCAUCGGCUCAAGCAAUACAGGUCGGCUGGGUUUCGCGAAACUCCAAUGUCGUACGUUCUCGUGCCGUCUCCGCUCCAAUGUACAACAUGGUGAACCAGGUUGGGGCCAUCAUUGCCAGCAACAUCUACCGAGCAAAUGACGCUCCUCGUUAUGCAACCGGAAAUAAGGUUCUUCUUUGCCUGCUAAUUGUCAACAUCUUCAUCUACCUCUUCACGAAGUUCUACUACGUCAUGCGCAAUCGCCGGCGUGAGGCAAAGUGGAACGCCAUGACCAAGGAGGAAAAGAUACAUUACCUGGAGACAACCACCGAUGAGGGGAACAAGCGGUUGGAUUUCCGGUUUGCGCAUUAG